CCCAUUUAUUUUUCUUCAUUUUUGAAGGUAUACAUGAAUUUUGAAACUCAAUCAUCAGAAAUGAUUCUGAAGGAGAAAUUAUCAGCUGCACUUGAAAACAUCAAAGAAAAAGAAUCAUUAGUAAACCAGCAUGCAAAAGUUGCAGAGGAAGCCAUAACAGGAUGGGAGAAGGCCGAAAGAGAAGCAUUUGUUCUUAAGCAAAGAUCAUCAUCCCUCGAAGAUAGAGUGAUCCAACUUGAUGGAGCACUAAAAGAAUGUCUAAGACAGCUACGUGAAGCCACGAGAAUCGAUCUCAAGCUCGAGCUUCAAGAAGAACUCGAGAUUCGAACUAUCGAGCGAGAUCUUAGCAUGCAAGAAGCCGAAACAGCUAGAAAACAACAUCUUGAAAGCGUAAAGAAAGUCACCGAACUUGAAUCCGAGUGCCAAAGGCUUAAAGAUUAUUCGGUUGGGAGAAAUCGGUUGUUUGAUCAUUCGGUUGAGAUUAUUAGUCUUAUGGACGAUUUCGUUGAAAUGGAGAGACUUCUAGGUUUACCCGAAGCCAAUGAAAACGAGAGGUUUUUCAAGACGGAAAUGAAGAUUUGGAAUCUUAAAACUCGACAAUCUAUGGAAAUCGAUGCGAAGUCUAUUGGUAAGGUGGAGGUUAAAAAGGAAAUUGAGCAUUCGAAAAUGAAAUAUGGGAUUGAGCUCGUAAACACGGAAAAUUUGAAAGGAGAUGUGAAAACGAAGAAGGAUAAGGAAAUGGAGAUCGCGGCUAGUAGGCUCGCAAAUUGUAUGGAAACAAUCGCGUCCAUUAAUCGACAACUUAAGUCCCUUGCUAAGUUUGAAGAGUUUUUAGUGGAUUCCGAAAAUCCUAUUAUUGAGAUUCCUAAAGAGAUGUUACAUGUCCAUUGAUCUCAAGUUGUAAUAU